ACACUUGAGUUCAACGAAAGAGGAGCCUGUGAAGGUAGCGCAGAACGCCCUCGAUAUUUGAUUGGCAGGCAUUGUCAUCACUCAGGGAAAAGUUUUAUCUGUGUUGUCCAAUUAAAUCUUGUUGUGGCAGACGCUUCCUUCUGCGCCCGCCCACUGUCCUCUCCUGCCUGUGCAGGGUUUGUUGUUAUCAAGAUGGAGUUCUUGUUGGGGAAUCCGUUUAGCACUCCCGUCGGCCAGUGCAUUGAGAAGGCAACUGAUGGGUCCCUGCAGAAUGAGGACUGGACGCUCAACAUGGAGAUCUGUGACAUUAUUAACGAGACAGAGGAAGGGCCCAAAGACGCCAUCCGUGCCAUCAAGAAGAGGCUGAAUGGCAAUCGAAACUUCCGGGAGGUGAUGCUGGCUCUGACUGUGCUAGAGACUUGCGUGAAGAACUGCGGCCAUCGCUUCCACGUGUUCGUGGCCACCCGGGACUUCAUCGACGGCAUCCUGGUGAAGAUCAUUUCUCCGAAAAACAACCCCCCCACUAUAGUACAGGAUAAAGUGCUGGCACUGAUUCAGGCUUGGGCAGAUGCAUUCAGAAGCAGUCCAGACCUGACCGGAGUCGUCCAAAUUUACGAGGAGCUGAAGAGAAAAGGUGUCGAGUUCCCCAUGGCAGACCUGGACGCUCUUUCACCAAUUCACACGCCACAGAGAGGAGUCCCAGAGGUUGAUCCAGCCUCACAUAAGUACAAAGCUACUCCCCAGCCCAAGCCAGCAUCCCAGACGCCUCAGACGUCUGCUCCUAGUAGCUUGCCUGCUCAGACUCAUUUACCAAACAUGGCAGGGCCCAUCACGCCAAACCCAGAACAGAUUGCCAGGCUGAGGAGUGAGCUGGACAUUGUGCGUGGAAACUGCAAAGUGAUGUCAGAGAUGCUGACAGAGAUGGUGCCAGGGCAAGAGGAUGCCUCUGACCUUGAGCUCCUCCAGGAGCUGAACAGGACCUGUCGGGCCAUGCAGCAAAGGAUAGUGGAGCUCAUCUCUCGUGUCACCAAUGAAGAGGUCACAGAGGAGCUGCUACAUGUCAACGAUGACCUUAACAACAUUUUUCUCCGCUAUGAAAGGUAUGAGAGAUACAGACUGGGCCGGAAUACACAGAACAAUGGGGUGUUGAACGAGGCUUCAGUGGAGGAUAAUCUGAUAGAUCUGGGUCCAGGCUCCCCGGCUGUCGUCACCCCUCGAGCCAGCGCUGCAGCCACUCCCACACCUCCCUCCAGCCUGACUGCUGCUGCUACUGCCCCGUCACUCGCCACACAGCUUGCAGGACUGAAUUUGGAUUCUGAAAGUGUCAGUGGCACUCUGAGUGCACUGUCUGCUCACAAUCCUCGUGAUGACUUCGACAUGUUCGCCCAGACCAGAGGAAGCUCCCUUUCUGACCAGCGCAAGAACAUGAAAUAUGAAGACCCACAGGCUCUCGGUGGCCUGGCUUCUGCUCUAGAUGUCCGACAACAAAACGCUACUGGGCCGAGUGUAAAAGGUGAUAACGCAGAGUUGGAGCCCAUAGACAGCUGGCUCAUUACCCAAGGAAUGAUUCCUGUAUCGCAGUCUACUGUCAUGGAUGACAUUGAGGAGUGGCUCGGUGCUGAUGUGAAAGGUGAUGAGCCUGAGGAGGGAGUCACCAGUGAAGAGUUUGACAAGUUCUUAGAAGAGCGAGCCAAAGUUGCAGACACAGUGUUACCGUCACCCCCUACAGGCGAGCCCUCUGUUCCUGUGAGCGCGCCAAGCAGCAGCCGUAAGAAAGCCGAGCGGACUGAGGACAACCUGUUUGCAUUGUAGGUCACUCAUGAACUUUAAGAAAAGCUCCGUUCAUCCCCCUCAGCGUUCCUCUGGAUGCCUGCUGCCUUUCCGUGCUGCGCUCUGUCACACGUUUCUUGAUCCAUCAUGGGGCUCUUGGUUCAUUUCCACCUCUCAAGCGGCUGGCCGGUGCGGGGCAGCUUCUGAGAUAUGGCUCCUCUUCCAGACUCAACAUGCUUUUGUGUGUAACUUCAGGGGCAGAGGGAUGAACCGUCUUAAACGAGUGAAUUUCUCAGCAGCGAAGUCAUCUUGUAGUUUAAGUCUGUUUUGUUAAGAUAUGCCAAGAUUAUAACUUACUUCUGUUUUAUUGACAGAAGCCUUGCGGAAUCUGGCUUGGAAAAGCGUUAUAAUAUCUCAGAUUUCCCAUGUAAGUUUACAUACUAAUCUGAAAUAUGCCAUUCCAUAAAGGUUCAUAAGAUCAUUUCAAAGGUCUUUAAUUCCUGUGGUCCAACGUCAUUAUACCACUAAUGGUGAAAUAUAUACAAAAGAGUGACAAAUUAAAGGAAAAACAGACAUAAAGUGUCUUAAGUUUUGGGCCUCCCGAACUGUCAGAACAGCUUCCUUGUGCCUUGGCACAGAUUCUACAAGUCUCUAUAACUGUACUGGCUGGAUGAACACCAUUCUUCCAAUCUUUAUUCCCUCAAAAUGGUAUUUUGGUGAUGGUGGAGAGCACUGUCUAACACAUCACUCCAGAAUCUCCCAUAGGUGUUAAAUUAGGUUGAAAUCUGGUGACGGUAAACACCAUAGCAUAUGACUUAGAUUAUUUUCAUACUCAUCAGUGAGCCUUUGUGCCCUGUGGAUAUGAGCAGGGUCAUCCUGAAAUAGACCACUCCCAUCAGGAUAGAAAUGUUUAAAAGGAUAAAGAUGAUCAGUCGGAAUAACAUUGCACUGAUUUGCAUUGAUUCUUUCCUCUAAUAGCACUUUUCCACUCGGUAAAUUACCCAUAAUCCACGUCGUGGCCAUUUCCACCACCAUAUGAGUGCAGCUAAAAUAGUGCUGGCCAUUGAUUGCUAAAACAUAGUCAAACAGCAGUCAUUGAUUAAUGUCUCUGGCUGAACUCUCGUCUCUACAGGAACAAAAUCUUUAGUAAAUGGCUAAUAGUGACUGCUAGAGUGACUUACUCUUUUGAUUAGUCCUUUCUCUGGCAGAUUUAAGAAGCAGCGUCACAAUUUUAAACAAGAAUUUAAUGUUUCAAUUCGAUGUUUCAUUUUUAUGCCUCCACCACUAGGUCCGUCCGUCUGUCCGUCUAUCCGAGAUUCUCAUUAGCGAUAUAGGUUGAAUAUAGGAUUUAUAUGGAAUUAUCAUUGUAACCAAAAGAUGAACUGAUUACAUUUUGGACUUAUUACAAACAAGGUUGAGGUCAUAGCGAGGUCAAAUAUCUGAAAUAGUUUUUCAUCAAUAGCUUACUACCCAUUUGAAGUAUAUUUUAAGGGUAUUCUGGCCAUACAAAUUUAUAACAAAGAAGACUAGACUUGUUGACACAGGAGGCAUCCCCGUUAAUGCCAUUGUACUUGUUAUUUAUUUAAACAGAGUAAAACUUGACACCAUCUAGGGCAAGUCCCAUGUAACUUUCCCUUUGCUUUGUUUGCUAUCUAGUGCCCUUAUGCAUUUUGUAGAAAGAUAUUUGGGAUUCAGCCAAAGAUGCACAGCUUUAUGUGUGUGCGCAUGUGUUUUUAACAUUGUCUAAUAAGGACACUCAAAUGACUGACUUUUCAUUAAAGUACUGGCAGGCAUAGCUGUGUUUGGGUCCAUAGGCAGCCAUUAAUCAAAAGCUUGCUCCUCUGUUAAGUAGAGAUUAGAGUGUUGGCACACUUGUGUUUGAGUGUGUGCUUCCAUUAAAAUAAAUUCCCUGCAUCUUGUUCAUUCAAGAGAGAGAAAUAUAAAUCAGAGAGGCAUAGUUUUGUUGAUGUUUUUUAUUUCCAUAUUUUGAGUAGUAUUUCUUUGCUUGUACCUAUCAAAUUAGGCCUUUGAUAACGUACAGAGAAACUCCUCCUACUUUCAUGAGUAUAUUAUAUGAUGGGAAAGCGACACAUGCGCUCUGCCAGGUUAUACGGAUAGUCCGAGUAUGGAUUUGUUUUGGAGUUGUGGCAAAUUGAGCUGUUUUGUGGAGAAGCGCUAUAAAGAAUCAAGCCAUGCUAAGAAAAUACCCCCAAUAGCAAUACAGAGCCAUCAGUUUUUUCCUUAAAUUUGUCAUGUUUUUGUAUGUAUUCAGUUAAACCUGGACACCAGGAGAGUUUUUUUUUUUUUUAAUAAGGGAAAACAAAACAAAAAAAUUACGCUUGCCUUUCUUUCUCUGUCAGGGUUUCAUUUCUCAGUUGCUUUGAGUGUUAGUAUGGUGAAGGAAAUGCAUUGUCAUAAUUAUUAAAAUGGUGACCAAAGACAGUUUAGACAGUUUAUAAAAAGGGAUUUGUUAGCUCUUGUUUCAGAGAGCUAAGAGUAUUUCCAAACGGUUCAUAGAAUUAAGCUCUAUAAAACGCACUGCCUACUUAAUUAACCAUUAAAUAAGUGAUUUGAGGAAAUAUUUCACAAAUACUUAUGAAGCAUUUGUGAAAAAAUAUUAUUUUAUUUUCAGAAUCCUGUAUUUUUGUGCAUGGGUUGUUUUUCCAUAGCAAACAAAAAUCAAUAAAUCACACAUGAAAAUGUGGGCCACAGAAUUAAAAAGUAAAUGGAUGGAAUUUGUUUCCUGGUGGUCCUCAUCUUGCAGGAUUAAAUUAUGGUGGCAUAAAUUGUACACUAUGUAUUUAUAUGUAUACAUAAAUAUAUGUAUAUACAACCCAAAAGUAAUGAAUAUAAAUGUCUGUUAUCAUUUCUGAGUAAGUUGUUAUUCAGAAAGAGAUCAAAUGAAGGAGUUCAGUCCACUCAGUCAAGAGCUCAUUUAUGUGACUUGGUUCGUAUUUUUGGUCGUGAUGGUUAGGGUAGGUGUGACGUUUCAUAUCUGGAUAAGUGGGUUAGCUAGCACAGCAGGAAGGAAUAUAGGACAGAAUGUAAGUGAAUGCAGCGAAAGAAAGGAAAGGAGAUGAGAUGCCUGAUGAAAUUAGGAGUUUCAGGUGUGAUUUGUGACACUCUGAUUCUGAACCUCUGUUGUAAUCUUGGUGUACAUCAGCUCUUGAAAUGCAGCAGUUCAGUUUAGUAGUCAUUCAGCAUAACAUGAAGUUUCGGUGUAGCAUUAAUCAGAAAUUGGUCACAACUAGCCAAAAAUAUUUUGAUGAGAUAUUAACAUUUCAAUUGUUCAGAUUGGUACAACACUUAAUACAUUGUCUUAAUACAAUACAAGCUGUCAUAAAACAGUGAUAAAAUGUUGAGUAUAGAUGGGCCUUUUAUAUGCUUGAAAUGAAUAUACAACACAAAUCAGAUGAUAACUUACAUUAACACCUAAAUUACACCUGUUUCCGAAAAGGAAUUUUCAACAAAAGUCACAAUUAUGAGCAUUUAAUUACAUAAAACUUUAAUUUUUUUUGUUUAUAGCGUUGUAUAAAGUAAAACAAUAAAGCUGACCUGUCAGUAACUCUUGGUGUCCUAUAAAAAGCUUUGCUUUCCAAUAAGGUGGCAAUCGUUAUUUUUAAUAACUGCUUUAAUGAAUGUUACCAUGUGACAUUAAGUCCUAACUAUUUUUGAUUAUUUGGCUCAAACAUUAAUGUCUUAAUGUAUUUUAGGAUAUGUAAUAAAGUUUCUUAUUGUGA